GCUGCUGCGGAGGCUUUCCAACCUCUCAGCUAACAGGGCGAGCUGGGAACCAGUGACCGCUCGUUUCCUCCAGGCUGUCCCCCCUUCCUGACUGGAAAGGCGCACGCACUGGGGUGGCUCCUUGCCUCCGGACCUCGGGCCGCUGCUGGAGCUGGGUGAGAAGGGACCGAGGCUGCUGCGCGGCUGGGGACCGGCCGGAGCCCGGCCCCGCUAUGUAACUUAGCGGGGUCUUUUGUUGUCCUUGUCCGCAGCGCAGUGCCGGGGCGCUCGGGCACGCUGCCUGCAGCCGAGAAAGGCGCCGGGCUGGGAGCACCGUCCUUCCCCGCUGCACCAUGACAGAGGAAAGCAAAGGGGAAGGCAAGGGGGAAAGCGUGAAGGACUUGGAGAAGCAGCUUCGCUUGCGCGUCUGCGUCCUCAACGAGCUGCUGAAGACCGAGCGGGACUACGUGGGCACGCUGGAGUUCCUGGUGUCGGCUUUCCUUCACCGAAUGAUCCAAUGUGCUACAGCCAAAGUGGAUAAAAAUGUCACAGAAGAGACAGUUAAGAUGUUGUUUUCAAAUAUUGAAGAUAUUCUUGCAGUUCACAAAAACUUCCUGUCCUUGGUGGAGGAGUGCUUACAGCCAGAACCUAAUGCGCAGCACGAAGUUGGAACCUGCUUUCUUCAUUAUAAAGAGAAAUUCCGUAUCUAUGAUGAAUACUGCAGUAACCAUGAGAAGGCACAGAAAGUUCUUCUUGACCUUAACAAAAUAAGAACAGUGCGGACGUUUCUUUUGAACUGCAUGCUCCUUGGAGGACGCAAGAACACAGAUGUACCAUUGGAGGGAUAUCUAGUAACGCCGAUACAGAGAAUAUGCAAGUAUCCCCUUCUUUUAAAGGAAUUACUGAAGCGGACUCCAAGGAAGCACAGUGACUACGCGGCGCUAAUGGAAGCCCUCCAGGCCAUGAAAGCUGUCUGUUCCAACAUAAAUGAGGCCAAGAGACAAAUGGAAAAAUUGGAGUUUUUAGAAGAAUGGCAGUCUCAUGUUGAAGGAUGGGAGGGGUCCAACAUCACAGAUACGUGCACAGAAAUGCUGCGAAGUGGACUACUACUGAAAAUUUCAGCAGGAAAUAUCCAAGAGAGGAUAUUUUUUCUUUUUGAUAACCUUUUGGUCUACUGCAAAAAAAAGCACAGGCGAUUGAAGAACAGCAAAGCGUCUACAGAUGGCCACCGUUACCUUUUUCGGGGCAGGAUAAAUACAGAAGUGAUGGAAGUAGAGAAUGUAGAUGAUGGAACAGCUGACUAUCACAGCAGUGGCCACACUGUUAUUAAUGGCUGGAAGAUCCACAACACAGCAAAGAACAAAUGGUUUGUAUGCAUGGCAAAAACCCCUGAAGAGAAGCAAGAAUGGCUGGAAGCUAUUUUGAAAGAGCGAGAGAGGAGAAAAGGUUUAAAAUUGGGCAUGGAACAGGACACUUGGGUGAUGAUCUCUGAGCAAGGAGAAAGACUGUACAAAAUGAUGUGCAAACAAGGGAAUCUCAUCAAAGACAGGAAGAGGAAAUUAACCACUUUCCCCAAAUGCUUUCUUGGAAGUGAAUUUGUGUCAUGGUUGUUGGAAAUUGGAGAGAUACACAAAUCUGAAGAAGGUGUUCAUCUUGGCCAAGCUUUAUUAGAGAAUGGCAUUAUCCACCAUGUUACAGAUAAGCACCAAUUCAAACCCGAACACAUGCUGUACAGAUUCCGAUACGAUGAUGGAACAUACUACCCCAGAAAUGAGAUGCAGGAUGUGAUCUCUAAGGGUGUACGACUGUACUGUCGCCUUCACAGUCUGUUUACCCCAGUAAUUAGGGAUAAAGAUUAUCACUUGAGGACCUACAAAUCUGUGGUUAUGGCUAACAAACUGAUAGACUGGUUGAUUGCACAGGGGGAUUGCCGGACAAGGGAGGAAGCUAUGAUAUUCGGUGUAGCUCUUUGUGAUAAUGGAUUUAUGCACCAUGUGUUAGAGAAAAGCGAAUUUAAAGAUGAACCACUGCUGUUCCGUUUUUAUGCGGAUGAAGAAAUGGAAGGGUCAAAUAUGAAGCAGAGACUCAUGAAACAUGAUCUGAAAGUAGUGGAAAAUGUCAUAGCGAAGUCAUUAAUGAUUAAAUCUAAUGAAGGCACCUAUGGUUUUGGUUUAGAAGAUAAAAACAAGGUGCCAAUUAUUAAAGUGGUGGAGAAAGGAUCAAAUGCUGAGAUGGCAGGCUUGGAGGUUGGGAAAAAAAUCUUUGCCAUUAACGGUGACCUGGUUUUUCUGCGACCCUUCAGUGAAGUGGAUUGCUUCCUAAAAGCAUGUUUAAACAGCAGAAAGCCCCUGCGGGUUCUUGUGAGCACCAAACCACGGGAGACAGUGAAGAUUCCUGAUUCUGCAGAUGGACUUGGAUUCCAAAUCCGAGGAUUUGGCCCAUCAGUUGUCCAUGCUGUUGGGAGAGGAACGGUGGCAGCUGCAGCAGGUCUUCAUCCUGGCCAAUGCAUAAUCAAAGUGAAUGGAAUUAAUGUUAGCAAAGAGACUCAUGCAAGUGUUAUCGCUCAUGUCACGGCUUGCAGGAAGUACAGACGGCCAAUGCAGCAAGAUUCUAUACAGUGGGUUUACAACAGCAUUGAAAGUGCACAGGAAGAUCUUCAGAAAACAAACACCAAGCCCUCUGGAGAUGAUGGAGGAGAUGCCUUUGACUGCAAAGUGGAAGAGGUAAUUGACAAAUUUAACACUAUGGCAAUAAUUGACGGGAAGAAGGAUCAUGUGAGUCUCACUGUUGACAAUGUUCAUCUGGAGUAUGGGGUGGUUUAUGAGUAUGACAGCACAGCUGGAAUAAAGUGCCAUGUGUUAGAAAAAAUGAUUGAACCAAAAGGAUUUUUCAGCUUGACUGCAAAGAUUCUUGAAGCACUGGCAAAAAGUGAUGAACAUUUUGUGCAGAAUUGCAACAGCCUCAAUUCCUUAAACGAAGUGAUCCCCACUGAGCUUCAAAGUAAAUUCAGUGUCAUUUGCAGUGAGAAAAUUGAGCAUAUCUACCGAAGAAUCUCUAGUUAUAAAAAGUUUUCAAGAGUAUUAAAAAACAGAGCUUGGCCUACCUUCAAACAAGCUAAGUCAAAGAUUUCACCACUUCACAGCAGUGAUUUCUGUCCAACCAAUUGCCACAUCAAUGUGAUGGAAGUGUCUUACCCUAAAACCUUAACUUCCCUUGGUAGUGCCUUUGGUGUACAAUUAGACAGCAGAAAACAUUUUUCCCAUGAAAAGGAAAACAAAGGCACUGAUCAAGGUAAACUGAAUCCCAUGAUUUAUGUCCAACAUACCAUUACUACUAUGGCUGCUCCUUCAGGACAGUCUCUUGGCCAGCAAGAGGGCCAUGGUCUGAGGUACCUCUUAAAAGAAGAAGAUUUAGAAACACAAGAUGUCUAUCAAAAGUUGCUGUUCAAAUUACAAGCUGCACUGAAAGAGGUGGAAACAUGUGUCUGUCAAAUAGACGACCUUCUUUCUUCAAUAACAUAUUCUCCCAAAUCAGAACGUAAAACACCUGAACCUUUAAUACCAGCAGACAGUGAUAACGAAAAGGGGGAAAGGAAUGGGAAGAAAGUCUGUUUCAGUGUGACAGGUGAUGAGCAAGAAGAUUCUGGUCAUGAUACCAUCAGCAAUAGGGAUUCUUACAGCGAUUGCAACAGCAAUAGGAAUUCCAUUGCCUCAUUCACCAGCAUUUGUAGCAGUCAGUGCAGUUCUUAUUUUCACAGUGAUGAAAUGGAUUCAGGUGAUGAGCUUCCCAUAAGUGUUCGAAUCUCCCAUGAUAAACAGGACAAGCUCCAUAGCUGUUUGGAACAUCUUUUUGGUCAAGUCGAUUCCAUUGUCAAUCUUCUGAAAGGACCAGCUGUGAUGAGGGCCUUUGAACAGACAAAAUAUUUUACACCAGGUCGAGGCCUUCAAGAGUUUCAGCAGGAAAUGGAACCGAAGCUUAACUGUCCAAAGAGGCUACGACUCCACAUUAAGCAAGACCCUUGGAACCUCCCCAGUAGUGUCCGGAGUCUUGCCCAGAAUAUCAGAAAAUUUGUUGAAGAGGUGAAGGCACGAAUACUCUUGGCACUUCUUGAGUAUACAGAUAGUGAGAUACAACUGAGGCGCGACAUGGUCUUCUGUCAGAGCCUAGUGGCCACAGUCUGUGCCUUUUCAGAGCAACUAAUGGUGGCCUUAAAUCAGAUGUUUGACAACAACAAAGAGUAUGAAAUGGAGACAGUGGAGGCCAGCAGAAGGUGGUUGGAACAGAUAGCCAGUGCAGGUCUUCUCCUUCAUUUCCAGUCCCUGCUCUCACCUAACCUGGCUGAUGAGCAAGCCAUGUUAGAAGAUACAUUGGUUGCACUUUUUGACUUGGAAAAAGUUACUUUUUACUUCAGACAGUCAGAGCCAGAACCACUAGUUGCAAAUAUACCGAUCACAUAUCAAGCAGAAGGAAGCCGGCAGACCCUGAAGGUUUACUUCUACCUUGACAGUUACCAUUUUGAACAGCUUCCUCAAAGGCUGAAGAAUGGAGGGGGAUUUAAAAUCCACCCAGUACUUUUUUCACAAGCAUUGGAGAGCAUGGAAGGAUAUUAUUACAGAGACAGUGUAUCAGUAGAAGAAUUUCAAGCUCAGAUUAAUGCAGCCUCACUAGAAAAAGUCAAGCAGUAUAACCAGAAACUACGGGCAUUCUACCUGGACAAGUCAAACUUGCCUCCAAAUUCAACAUCUAAAGCGGCUUAUAUAGAAAAGCUGAUGAGGCCUCUCAAUUGCUUGGAUGAACUUUACCGACUCAUAGGGUCCUUUAUCCGAUCCAAGCGCACUGCUGCCUGUGCUUACACUGCAUGCAGUGCUUCUGGAGUUGGAUUGCUUUCAGUGUCAUCUGAACUCUGUAGCAGGCUUGGAGCUUGUCACAUAAUUAUGUGCAACAGCGGAGUUCACCGCUGCACUCUGAGCGUUACCCUAGAGCAGGCAAUCAUUCUGGCUCGGAGCCAUGGGCUACCUCCCCGCUAUAUCAUGCAAGCUACAGAUGUCAUGCGCAAACAGGGUGCAAGAGUACAAAACACAGCCAAGAAUUUAGGAGUGAGGGAUCGAACGCCACAGUCUGUGCCAAGAUUAUACAAACUAUGCCAGCCACCACCACCUGUCGGAGAAGAAUGAGGAGGACUACUCCAGAAAAUAAUCCAAUAAUGGUCUUUAAGAUACAGGGACUGUAUGACAAAAAUCUGACUGCACUACAGCAGUAUGUGCCUGGGUUUUUGAUAAAUAGAAAACCUCUUUACUCAGGAUAAAGAAAGAAAUACCCUAAAUAUUCUCUAUUGGCCUGGAAAAAUUCCUUCCAAAUCUGUGCACUCCAACCUUACACUAGUAGAACAGGAAUCUUCCUUGGGAAUUUUACACUGGAAUCAGGUUCAUUUGAUGUGUCUUGUUCAGUCACAUGAUAAGUACAGCCAGCAGCUUGAAAACAAAUGUCUUGUUCGGAGAGAAUGACUUCGCUCGUACACUACACAGAAUGCUUACUUGUGGAAGGAAUAAAAGCCUAAAUAAACCAGGCUUGAUAAUGAGGAUGCACUUCAUAUGGGGCCCUUUGCACUGAUGAUCCCUUUUUUUCCAGUUGCCAUCAUAAUUUCUCAGAACGAUGACAUUACCAUUUCAAGGAUAUAAUGUAAGUGAGGUUUAAAGAUGGAAAAAUCAUCUCAGAAUUGUGUUUAAUGGCUGCAGGCAGACUGCUGCUAUGAACGUGUGCCUGUAAUCAGUAAACUUGGCCAUGUCUUCAGCAGUCGUUGUCGUACUGCUUUAGGAGUACCUAUACAACAUAUGAGGUGAAGUUUUGCCCUUUUUUAGUUGCCAUUGUAAUGAAGAAGAAGGGUAAGCCUGAUCUUCAUCCGUAGUUAGACUGAAUUUCAGACUCUGUCUAAUGGAUGAUUUACGUCAUCGCACCUCUGCGUUUCAGGGUUUUCCAGAGUUGUGUAUAUUCUUGUGUAGCAGUAUACCAGCAAAUCUACAUAAGGCAAGGAUAAGGCAGUAUUGUUAUGUUUAACUGGAAAUGUCUGUGGUUUAAGUUGAAGUGUAGUUUGGGGGGUUGAUGUCUUAUGCUACCAUUUCCCUUAUUUUGUCAGUAUUGUUUUCGAUAGCAUUUCAGUUCUUUGGAGUGGUAAUUGUGAUUGAUUUAUUUUGAAAUUGUACCGAGUAUUUAGAGGGCCCAGGGAAAAUAUAUCUGUGUUUGGCUGUUCUUUUGGCCAAUGAAUGUUCAGAGAAAAUGCCCCAAAUUAAGUUUUAUAUGUGAACACAUUAAAACAAAACCUAUAUUCUGAAAUAGUUCAACUUGUAGCAGUAGCUACCCAUUCUACUAGAGCAGGACAUACACUGAAUAAAAUUUACUUUUUGUACAACAGCAGCCUAUAGUUACGCUGUAGCAAUCAAACCUCCAACAUAACUGUGGCAAAUUAUCUAAUUAUUUAUAAAAUCUUCAACAAAUAUAUUAAUCCACAAUUAAAUAAGUGAGAAUUCAAAAUGAGCUGUACUCUUGCGGAGUGUUUUUUAUAUAGGGUAUCUAGGGGACUUGUUACUUUUCUCCAAAGGAGGAAUUAGAGCUCCUACCUUUUUUCAGUAUUCUUAAUGUUUUUACAGACUUAAACUUUGCUAAGAAAAUAAAUAUUUUUAUAUAUCCACAGAUAUAUAUGUCUGCGCAUAUAUGUGAGUUUCAAUAUGUAUAUAUUAAUGUACCUUUAAGGUCCCUUCCAACCGAAACAAUUCUCUGAUUCUACGUAGUUACGUCAGUUACUGGUCCAACCUUAAAUACAGAAUGUUUGCCUUAAACUGUGACACACAAUAACGAACACUUCAGUAACAAUUUCACCUUUCUGCUUUGAAGUUUACUCUCUUUCAUAGUUACUGGAAGCUGUAGGACUUUAAUCUUUUUGAUUAAAAACAAAACAAAACCAGAAAACGAAGUUUUACUCUUUAGAAACGUAUACUUUUUAUGUAGGAUGACCUAAUGCUUGUACAUAAGAGUGAGUCACGAUUUCUGUAGUUGCUGUUCUAGUCCGGAUCUCGUACUGUUGGACGUGUUUUAUUCAGAGAGGUAGUGUUGGCUAGGGUAAUUCCUGCCCCAGGCAAAAGCACCAAAAAUGUUUCAGUUUCUGCUUGUUUAGGAGUGCAGAGAAGCCAUAACCAAUUUGUGCCAAGAAUGGUGCUGGUUUCAGCCCUGGCUGCGAGCUCGCAUCUUCCUGUGAGAUUUCCCCAUGUAGCCUUUGCGUUUUUACUGUGAGGCGAGUCAGCUGUCAGCUGCAUGGAGCUGCUGAUCCUGUAUAAUACAAAAUAACCUAGAGGACAAAAUCUGUUGCACGCACACACAUUUUUGUAACUGGUCGUUGCUUUUCUUUAUUGCACUGAAAAUGGCAGGAGUGCAAAUAUGCCAAAAUAAUCUCCCUGUAUAAUAUGGUAGUUGUCUAAUUUUUGUUGUUGAAAGCAUGGAGUAAUAGACAUUUGUAAAUACCAAGGUACAAAGAGUUAUGAGCCAGUCACUAACCAAAUUCUUGAGCUAUUGUUUCAUGACUGUGGAAUAGAAAUCUUGACCUCUUGUUUUUGUGUCCAAGUUUUGGUUCUUUAUUCUUUUUUUCCCCCUCUAAAGGCAGUUCUCAAAAACUUAUUCAGCACUGGGAGCUUCAUUAGCAACCCAUACUGCAACAUGAAAUACCUAUUUAGCCUGGUAUCAAAGGGGCUGAAAAAAUUAAACUCUGGUUUUCUAGUAUUAUAGGUAGCAUGUAAAGACAGGAUUUCCAGAGGAAAUUGGACAUAAAUGUCCCACUGACUGUGGAAAGUGGGUGCCUAAUUUCUCAAAAUUUCCUUCAAAAGCCAGUGUUUGCUUGAAACAUUGUGCAGCUUUUCUUGUCCCUCUGUUUUCAGAGCACACCACGCAUUCUAACACAUCUGGCUUCUAACAAUGUUAGAUGGACCUUUAAGAAGCCCAUUCUUAAAUUGUGCUUUUCUUACUUGGUAUAUAGAGAGGAUGUAUUUGUUCCUUAUGCAAGGUGCACUUGCAGAGUGAAAAAAAUCUGUUCUCAUCAGGGUAUGUUUAUCCUCUCAUAAAUUUUUAGACUUACAGAUGACAAGAUGACCAAGAGUGAUGAUUUACAAUAACACCCAUAGCUUGUUAAAUCUUUGCUUCUACAGCAACAGAUUAUGUAGCCUAUUUUUGUGACAAUGUGUUGAACUGCUUUAAGGAAAACAUUCUGUGCGUAACUUUUACUUUUCCAUCUAAGACAAGUGUAAUUCUUCUGCGAAUAAAUUCAAGGAUCUAGAGACAUACGUUACUAGAUACUGACUACCAUGAUUCAGUGGUAGUCUGUGGGGAAUGUAUAGGAGCUUUAACAGCUGGGAAGGGAAGGUUAAGGGCCAAGGAACAGCUAAGUUGCCAUAGCGUUCAUGCUUGGAGAAAACAUAGGUGUUGAUUUUAAAGCAGAGCUGAUGCUGUUUGGCCUCUCUUUGUAACCAUCGUCUAUGAGUAAUAGGAUGCUAAACAGUUUUAAUCAAUGAAACGAGCAUUGAUUCAGUCUAGUUCCCCAAAUUAGGUAUUUUGUAACACUUACCUUCCUUGUAGAUUGUAAAUGUAAAUGAAUUUAAAAAAUGUAUAUAUUCCAGUUUCUCAGUAUCAAACAUUUUUGUAUUUAGUGAUCCAUUUUAAAGUAGAUAUUCCUGCUGUCAGCUGAACCAACCGACCACUUUUAUGUCCACUGAGAGAGCUGCAGUCUUGAGUGGCUUUUUAGAUAGUUUUCACUGGGUUUUAGCAAAAACGUCAGGUUUUCAGGUUGUUUUUUACUUCUUUGUUUUAAUGCACUCAGUAGUGGUCAGAACGGCUCUUAUACUGUUUUAGAGGCAAAAUGAUUAAACUUAAAUUGAUGAGGAUUUAUAGUAAUCAUACUUAAAUUUCAUUUGUUGGAAUCCCCUAAUGGAAAAAAAUGAAUGAGUUUUAUUGAUCUGUUUUUAGCCAGAGAAAUUCACAAGCAAACAGCAGCAAUUUUUUUUGUUUUAUUAAUUCAUUGUCAGAUGUAGUGUGUGUGUGUAUAUAUAUAUAUAUAUA